CUGUGUGCUUGGUGAAUGUGUGGUAUUUUAAGGCUGAAAUUAUUUCCAGCAGAUGCUCUAAAGUCUCCACAAAAUGUGACUAAAACACCAUAUUUCUUAAACAAAAACACGUGCAGAUGGUUAGUGUUUGUGUUUUUUCUCUGUAGGUGGAAUGUGUUGGGCAUCCAGGGCUCUUUGAUGAGCUACUUCACUGAACCACUAUACUUCUCCAGCAUCAUUCUUGGCAGCCUUUAUCACGCAGACCACCUCUCCAGAGCCAUGUACCAGCGCAUCGCAGAUAUCGAGGCUCUGCCACAGCAGUUCACCCUCAAUCGGCCCUUGCUCAGCGGUAUCAGUAAUGCAGAGGCCAGGCAGCCGGGCAAGGCACCAAACUUCAGUGUGAACUGGACGGUGGGCGAUCAGGCCCUGGAGGUGAUCAAUGCAACCACAGGAAAGGAUGACAUGGGCCGCGCUUCACGCCUUUGCAAACACGCCCUCUACAGUCGCUGGGUGCGACUGCACUCCAAGCUCUCAUCCAUCCUGCGAAUCAAGGUGCCAAAGCCCAGUUCGUACCACGAAGCCAAGCAAGCGGCCGCAGAGUACCACUCCGCCAAGCAAGCCCUCAUCAAGGCCUUCCACACGGCCGGCCUUGGAGCCUGGGUGAAAAAACCCAUCGAGCAAGACCAGUUCACCCUGAGCUCCUGAGAGAGCUCAGAGACCAAGUGAUUCCACCCCCCACCCCCACCCCCGUUUCUUCACCCCUGACCCAGGCAUGAAAAAAAAAAACCCACAGCUCCGUCGACAACCAGCCCACAGACACUUUUCCUUUCUCUCUCGCGUUUGCACGCGCACACACUUUGUGCUGCAGGAAACAAAAACGUGAAUGAUACUGCAAACCAUCCAUCACUCAUCCUUCCCAUUCCUCAGAGGAACUCAACCUCACUUUGUUUUUUGUUUUUUGUUUUUUCCUCAUGCUGUUUUUUAUUGUUCGUCACUUUUUUAGGUUGUAAAAUUUUACUUACAUGUUUUAAAACUGGAAAUAAUGGUUUUAAGCCCAUCAGUUUUAAUUUCUUAGAUAAUUGUUUUAUUCUGUAGACGUUGUUGAAAUGAUUCCAGAUGUGUAAGUUUUCUUCAUAAAGGAGAGUAGCUAGUUAAGAUGAGACAUACUGUAGGGACACUGUCAAAUCAGUGUGUAUGGGAUUAAAAAAAACACACACACAGGUAAUUAUGACUUUUAAUAUAAAGAUGUUUAAAUCUGUAGGAUGUAAAUUUAGUGCUGAAAACAAAGCACAUAAAAUAGAUAAAUGUGUUAUUUGGACCGUUUGUUAGAAUAUGAGACUAUAUGUCCAGUAACCCCUGUAUUAAAGUUGAUUGUGUUGCAAAAUAUUGUUGCCCUCUUUUAUUCAACCUGACUAAAAAGAAAAAAGCUACUUUUACCCUGCGGUCACAUUAGCUACAACUGACUGCAACAAGCAGUUGGCUUUGUCGUGUGAGGGGCGUUGCAGAGGUGUGUACACUCUCUAAGAUGUCUUAUAAAUCACUUCAAAGGUGUUUACAAAAACAGCACUUUUAGAUAAAGUGUUUGUCACGCUAACUUUUACAAAAUAUGAGAAGCUUUUUUUAAAUUUUUGCAGAAAUUAGCUGUUUCGGAGCAUUUUCCGACAUCUCUGUUUAUUUUCUUUGAGCAAGGAGAGGGGAGACGUCACGCUGCCUUUUAUUUUCUCUGAUUGGCAGUCACCAUGUCACGCCGCACAGUAUUUGCUUAAAAUAGACUUCUGGUAGGCAGGGGUGGUGAUCAAGUGAUUAGUGCACUCGGUUUCAGUGCAGAAGGCUCCAGGCUCAAACCCCACCCCUGCCACAUUUCUCCAUGUAAUAUGGAGUUGUGUCAGGAAGGGCAUCCGGCGUAAAACUUGUGCCAAUUCAACAUGCACGUCCACCUCUGAUUUGCUGUGGCGACCCCCGAGUGAAAACAAGGCAGCAGCCGAAUGGACUUACUUUUACUGAAAAGAAUAUUCUAAACAUCUCUCCAGAUGUUUUUGUUGUUGUUUUUUGUUUGUUUUUUUGUGUUACGUAUUCAUUGUUGAUAUGCGCCAUAAAUCGCCAUUGUCACUGCAUAUUUGAACAGUAGGCGUGACGGUGAGCGCGUCUCGCCUGGGUCUCGGGACAAGCUCUGGGAGGUGCGUGCACGUUUUCCUUUUCCUUGUUCUAAGCCAUGGCUUUGCAUGGGAACCGGACUGAGAAGCCUGCAGAGUGCAGUGGAGAGCCCAGUGCAUCCAUCAGUCAAUCUUUUUGAAUGAAUGCCAGCAUCUUCCUCCAUAGGCAGCUUUGAAUCUUUAACUCUUUUUCUAGAUUUCUUGUGAUUGAAUGUGUUUGUGUUUGGGUGGAGGGCCAAUAACAGGUCUUUGUUGUUGUUCUUAAGGUUUUACAUUGAUGUCGCUCUGUGGCAGGGAUCCAGCUGAAUUAUUAUUAAUAAUGAUUUACUGUAUGUACUGUAGCCCUACAUGUGACGUUACAUAAAGUACAUGUUGCAUUUAGCCAGGCUGUAGCGACCGUAUGAGUUAUUCUUCAUUAAAUUCUCAAAAUCCAACUGAAGGACCAGCUAAAGAUCAUAUAGUUCUCUGUGCAGACUUGAUGUUCUUGCAUCUGAUCAUGUCGGCUCAAAAGCCAAAACCUAAAAAUUGCAGUCAUGUCAUUUUAAACACACAUCCCCCUCUACACCUAUACCUUUUCUAUUUAAGAAGAUUUCAAGUUGUAGUCUCUUUUAAUUUUUACCAUUUAAGUCAUGAAAACAGCCCCCUCUCCCCUUUUUAGUAGCACUGUAGUUUUGUUCCUUGGUAUUCAAAUGAAGGAUUGACAUGUUAGCAGUGUGAUCAAAAUUUUCCUUUUUGGAAACAAUUUAGGAUUUUGACCCAUGUGGAUUAAAAUGCACUAAGAUGCCAUAACAAACUGGGAAAAUUAAUUUAAGGGUCAAACAGCACUGCUGUACCACAUAUGCUAGUCUUAGCAUCAUAAAGCUGAAGAAAUGUGAUAAACUGUAAAGUAUAACUGAAAAUGCCAAACAGAGAAAAAUGGAAACACAAGAAGAAGUUAGAAAUUUCUUUUUCACAGUUUUCAUCAAAUGCAGCAUUUGCAUAUAUGCUUCCUCCACCAUGUUGUCUGCAAGAAGUCAUGGUGGAAAGUAACUGUUUUUGGCAAUGAAAUCCCACAAAAUAAAAACAUUUAGCAAUAAAAAGUUGCUGUAAUUUUGCAAUAUACCACAAAAAUAAAGGCAGUUUAUGAUGACUAGAUUUUAUCACAAAAUAAAUUUUGUAAAUUUUAUUAAAAAAAUUAAAAAAAAAAUUUAAAUGGAUAACACCUUUAAGCUCAUUCACCAUGGCACAAUUUUGACAAUCACAAUUUUGUACAAAACUAAAAUCCUGAUUGUCAGCUUUGCUGCCCUUGUCUGAGUUGAAAUUGGAAUUGUCAUACUGAGCAAUUCUUUGCCAAAUUGGACAUCUGUCUGUAUCACCAGCCACACACCACAAAUAUGGGCCAAGACUUACAAGGCUAAAACUUCACCAGCUCUUACAUCUACGUGUGGAUGGGUUGGUGUUCAGCCUUCAGUCUGGCCGUCCAGAGUCAGCAGACUGCAGUUUAAUCUGCCAGAAAUUCUCAGUUGGUCAGCGCUGAAGUGUUUGGAGCCAAUUGUGCCCGAACGUUUUUGAGAACAGAUUUGUGAAAAUCUGUAGAAAAUUGCUUUUCACAGCUAAAGAAUUAUGUUUGCAUCGAGACAUUUUAAGUAUCAUCUGUGGAACCUUCACCAAAGAUGUCCAUGUCUAUGUGUGUUUUUUUUUUUUAAUUUUCUGUAUCUGCUGAUUGAUGUACUUUUGAUUUGUACAAUGUGAUUUCCGUUCUGUAUGAGGGAAAACAAUUGUCAGGCUUCUUUAGUGCAUCGCUUGCAGUCGCUGUAUAUUGUGACUCGUGGUCAUAGUUGUUUCAGUAUAGCAGCUGUGUAUGUGUAUAUAUGAAUUAAAUAAAUCCUAUUUCAGUUCAUCCCCUAUUAAUGAAGAACACCAGCUCUCCCUGUGCUAUAGAUGAUCAUAUUUCCCCUAAA